AUUCCAUAGUUCUUCAUAGGUGUCAAAUUGUAGUGUCUCAAUUCUUUACCUAAAUAAUGUUUAUUCUAUUUUAUCCACGCAAUUACUUUUGUUUCUGUUUGUCUUGGGCUGUUCACUAAAAUAUUGUCUAAUAAAUGCUUUGCCGUGAGUAUAUAGGUCUGUUUCUGUUGGAUUCAAGAAAUAAACACAUUUAAUUCUAGAUAAACAUAGAAUCAUCUUACAGUAUUUAGUUAAGAUUUUAGUAUAAAAAUAAAAAAUACUGGGUUUCCUUAAAGUAGAUUUCUUUCAAAACACCAAAAUCAACUACCUCACCCCGUUAUUGCCUUGUGCAAGUUGUCAAACUAUAACUGGCACACCAUAGGAUAAAACUGCUUUACUCGAAAAUAAUGUAAACAUAACUUCCUAAUGCAGAGGUAUAACUGCCUAACUUUUGUUUUGGCUUAUCAAUGCCUUGUGUUACACAAGAAGCCUUGCACUAAGUACUGAAAUAAAGUAAUUGUUCCUAGCAACUCAGCUAUGAAUUUGGUCCCAACAAUUCAACCUUUUUAUCUUCAUCUCUCAAAAUAAGCAUUCUUAAAGUUUUUUCAUGAUACCCAUGAUGUGGCCAUAAUAAUGGUUGGCAACAUUGAAAACGAUAAACUUCUUUCUAACAUUUUCUCAAGUUAAAGGCCUAGCGCUGCAGGUUUUGAACAAUGAUUUUUUUUGGAAUUACCACUAGUAUAACUUCUUCCCAGUUCCCACUGUAUCUCUAUCAGGUUCAACCCUUUUUAAAGAAACAAAAUGUUGUUCUCGGGUUGAAUUAGGACUCAAAUCUCACUGGUUAUAACAGCCCAGACCCAGUGUUCUGGUGCUAAGCCUAGUAUUAUAAAUAUAAAUUUGUUGUUUAUCUGUUUGUCUAAAUGAAUGACAGUGGGCACAAUUUGUGGUUCACGAGUCCUCAAUUUUCUUCUACAUACUAAUCACAUUCAAAUCAUUCAUAAAAUAAUCCUAGUCAAUUCUUCUGUAAUCUGGGUAAUUGGGCCUAUGAACAUUAUAAAUUGCUGCUCAAACUCCAACACCCAAUUUGUUUGAUUGCAAGGCUGGUAAUUGUUCAUAGGGAUUUUCUGUUCCAUUACUAGAAAACCUAUUCAAUGAUUCCACCUUGAAAACCUCCAAUGUUGAUAGAGCCCAGGAACAACGGUCAGCUGGAGGACCAAUUGUUGGGUCAACACAACCCAAGGAUUCUGAAACUUUACUCCAGAAAGAAGGAAACCUUGCAAUCAGCAGCAGAGGUUGUAGUUGUUCACAAUGGAGUGCUGAUUGUAACAGAGGAAACAAAAAAAUGGUGUGGCUCAUAGGGUGCAGAUAGCAAGAUGAAUUGAGAGUGAAAUGGCUUGGUACCUACAGUUCUAGGAGCUGAGAGUUUGAGGAGUUUGAUAACAGUGAAAAUACCUGCUCUUCUGAUCGCGAUAAAGUGGGAAAUGCUCAUCUAACUCAACUGUUGAGUAUGAUUGGUAUUAAAGUUGAUCCACUUAGUCCAGUUGGUUUACGAGAAGGCAGGGAUACAUUAGAAAGCAGCAUGUUUUCUCUAAAGGCGCCAAUGAACAUGGAAAGUGUUGUAAUGGUAGAAGGACGACUAGAGAACGAAUUUGUCAAGUUGUCUGGACAAGAUCAACAAAUUAUUGAAGAUCAGACAAUUAAAGAUGUAGUACCAAGUGAAGAUGAAAUGCAUGAAGAUAGUAGUAGAAUUUCUCAAGAUGAAUAUAUGGAUAUCAGUAUAUUUUGUGGGAGAGAGGAGGAACAUGUGUCAUCUGUGGAAGAAUUUACCAAAUCUUGUCAAGUUGACACUGUCAAGAGUUCUGUCAAGGAAACAUCAAGCUCAUUUUGCAACAUGAGUGAGGAAAUUAUUGAAGUUCUUGAAGCCAGAAGUUUGGAAGAAAGUAUAGAAAAGAGUGACGAUAAGAUACACCAAGAAAAAGAAUGUGUGCACCCUGUCAAUUCAUCUAUUGCCAAUGACAUCCAUGAAGAGCUCAUUGAAGGGUUUGCUGAAAAGUGUGAUAACAAAGGAAAAUUAAGGUUUCAAGAAAAGGUUUCAGUUGAAGAUGGAAGGCUUAGUUUUACUCUAUCAAAAACAAAAAAUCUAGAUGUAACUCCUAUGUCUACGUGUCAAGAUGAUUCCGUUGGAAGGCCAAAACGAGGUGCUACUACGCCAGAGUCAAUGCUUAUUUCUACACCAGCUGUGAGAGAUCGGUCACAUUUUUCAAAGAAAAGAAGAAUUGUUAUUGAUAAAAAAAGGACUGUGCUACCUAACAAGGCAAUUGCAAAGAUAUUAUUUAGUGCAGAAGCCUUAGUUCGCAAACGAAGAAAAUACUUUCGUACUUCACUUACUUGGAAAAGAGAAUCUCUCACUUCCUGUCAUCCUCAUAGAUUCUAUGAGCCCUUGCUUCCUUGUUGUUCCUCAAAGCUUCAACUCCUAUUCUCUGGAAAGAAAAUGAAAUUACCCGACUCCCUCAAGAUUGUGGAAGCUUCAGGGAACCUACACUUGCAAGAGUCUCCAACUAUUGCCACUCCGCUAAGCCCUCCUCAUAAUGAUAUACCAAUUGUUCCAGAGACUCUUUCUUUGAGUACAAAUCAAAACGAGUUUCCUAGUCUGUGGGAUGAGGAAAUAAAUUCAUUUGGAACAGAUAAUGUGAAAAUAGUUGGGUGGUCUGAUCGAACUAGAGAUGUAGCAAGUUACUUGCAUCAGAGUUUUCUGCAUCAGAGUUUUCUACCUGCAAGGAAUCAGAAAGAGGAGACUGUGCUAAACUUCUCAAAAGUUUUUGGAGGCCUAGCCCGAAAAGAAGGGGCAAGGCUAUUUUAUGAAGUACUGAACCCACAUAUUGAUAUAUGUCAAAUAAAGAAUCAAACAUACCGUUCAGAAUGUGACCACGACAGACAUAAUCAUCAUUCUCCCAUUUGUUCCUUCUCCAUUGUUCCUCCAAUGUCUCAGUUUCGCUUUCUUUGGGUUGGGGAGAACUUAGAACAUAUGCCACGUUUAGAGCCGAGAGAAGGAAAUGCAUCUUCUUUUGCCAUCGUCGGAAACCAACACCUUCAAACUUGUCUAACUUGUGGAAGUUUGCAAACAUCUCACGAAUUGUUGUCAUCUUAGAGAAUAUAUUGCUUUUAGACUGUUGGAAAGUUUGGUUCUUAAAACUACUGGCUAUGUAGAUGUGGAGCAAAACGAAGCUUAUGGAGAUAUUGCAAUCACUAAACUUCCAAAAUUAGACCAAACUUGUUGAUUUGAAGAUCUAUUAACAUAUAGAUAUCAAAGGAGAUACAGAAAUAGAAAAUUGAUAGGAUUCAGGUGGAUUUAUAUGUUGUAGUUUUUUUGUAAUUUAUAUCAUUGUGUUGAUUUGUACAGCAUUACUUGCCAUGUAAUUUUAGUCAUACUUUGAGAAAAUGUUGUGCUUUUCUGUCAUCAGUUACAUUGUACAGUGAUGUCAAAGUUAGCAAUUUCCAUAUGGCAGUGAUAAGCCCGAACUUCGACUUUAUCACAUUUCGGCAAGUGUUACUGUUUAUUUAAAUAUUCCAAAAAGGGUUUAAAGUUUAGACCUA